AUGGUGGAAGUGGUGCCACUGCCCUCUGUUGUUGUGGCGGGUGAAGUACAGUUGGAUUUGUAUCCCCGCGGAAUCCAAAAAGAGUUCCUCACCUUGCCGCGAGAGAUUGUUGAGGCCAAGAUCCGAGUACCUUUGCCCGAAGGGGCUGAAGUCGACCCUGAGAUGGAAGGGCGAGCGAUGUUGGAAGAGCUUUUGGAAAGUAUCAGAGACAUGUUGGCGAGCGAGGAUGAACUCAGGAAGAUUGGGGGCAUGGAAAUUCAGGAUGAUGGUGCUUAUCGGCAUGUGACCUUGCCCGUGGCGCUGUACCUCAGCGCCAGCACCAGCUCCCAAGACAUCAUCGAGGCCUUCUUCAGGGAGGCUGAUGAUGAAGAAGAAAGAGGCGCUAAAACCGAAGCAGCCUUUCACCGCUCGAAGUCUUUCUCCAAACGCCGUGUUGUGAAGACCCUUUGGAAAUCCUUGAGAGAUCGGAAUGCCCGACCAGACUUAAACAGUCACUGCCUGCAUGAUGUGCGUGGCCGUGUGCUCCGGCGCAUCACUGCAGAACUAUUUUGGACCCAGCCCACCAACUACAGAGAAUCGAUGGAUGCAACGUGCAUUGUGAUGAGCGCUGAUGGUUUGAUGGAGGUUGUAAAUGCUCGUGGCAUACAUGGUGCAUUUUAUGGUGUUGAUCAAGGGUCCUAUCGAUUGCAGUCGAAGGGUGUGGAUGCGCUCUUUGGUGCUGUGUCACAUUUGGGCACCGAACGGACGGAGCCCACGGGGAACGACCUCCAGUUGCGCAGUCCUUGA